CCCAAAAUGACGGAAGUGCGCAUUAUGUUUAUUUUUACGGGUGUCUUGCCUACUAGACAGAAUAAUGUGAAACAAAUUUUAAGAUAUUAAUGACCCUUAAUGCCGUUAAAAGAAUGGCAACAGGAAGAAGUUCCGUUGGGGGAAGGUGUCCUCUAUCGAGGGAGUCUGUGUUAGAGAGGAUUGAGUUGAGACAACAGGAGUUACUACUUAAACUUGAUGCUGUAGAGAAAGCAGUACACAAUCAGAAAUAUGCAACACCACAGUUCAGUGACAUGGUCCUUCAUCAGAUGUACAAGUUCUAUGAGGAGGGACAGUACUGUGAUUUCAGCAUCAAGGUGGAGGGCAAACUUUACAAGGUCCAUCGUCUUGUGCUGGCCAGUUCAAGUGAUUAUUUCCGUGCCAUGCUGUCACAUGAUAUGGUCGAGACACGUGAAGAGUGCACCGAUUUGAAAGGGAUGACGAUAAAAGGGGUGGAACCAUUGAUAGAAUAUGCAUACACAGGGAAACUGGAGUUAACGUUAGAUAACAUACAUCAUGUUAUAUCAGGGGCAACAUUUCUACAAAUUUCUGCAGCAAUAGAUCUAUGUGUAAACUUCUUGAAAGAGAAUAUGACCUUCGAAAAUGCAGACGAGCUCUUAAAAAUAGGAGAUAUGUUCAAUGUGCCUUCACUUAGAGAGUAUUACAGGGCCUAUUUAUUGAAAAAUUUCCUCAAGUUUGUAGAAUCUGAUACGUUUCUAAAUAUAGAUGCAGAUUCAUUAGCUGAUUACUUAUCUGAUGAUGCACUCAUUACGACAUCGGAAUCGAUGUUGUUCCACCAUUGUCUACGCUGGUAUGAUCAGGAUGCCAAAAAUAGGGAAAAAGAUGCAUACAAAGUAUUUGAGAAAGUAAGAAUGACGCAUGAUAGAUCGCCGUUGAUACACUUUGCAUCAAAUCAUGAAUUAUUUCAAAAGAAUCAAAAGUGUAAGGAUAUAUUAGAGUUUUCUGAGCAGUAUUUGAAUAAUAAUUCAAAACGUUACAUUGAUAAUACUUCAUUUAGAACAAAAGUUAGAUCUGUGCGACAGACCAUAGUUCAGGUGGGUGGGGUAAUGGAAACUCAUGAAGACUACGAUACAUUCCGUGAUAUGUUAAACCAACCUUCUGAUGAACGUUGCGGCUGGAAUAUGAAUAAUUACUUUCAUCCCGAUCUAAAAGCCUGGUUCGCGCUCGGAAAUGUGGGUAAUUUUUCUUCGCGUCGAUCUCACCAGCAGUUUGUGGAAGUUAAUGGGUGUGGUGUGAUGGUGGGAGGAUACGAAUAUCAUGUGACAGGGGAAAAUGUUAGUAAGAUGUGUAUAAAAGAUGUGAUGAUGUUUACAGCCCAGGGACAAUUUGACAUCUGUGAUAUGCCUGAUCUCCUUCAUGAACGAGCAAGACAUGCUGCUGUAUAUCUAGAUGGGUGUAUUUAUGCUAUAGCUGGAAAAGAUGAUCGUCAGACACUAAAGUCUGUAGAGAAAUUGGACUGCCAUAAUGAAGAAUGGAGUUAUGUGAAACCACUGCCAAGAAAACUUUUUGAUCAUGCAGCAGUUGCUUGUAAUGGAAAAGUGUAUGUAAGUGGUGGAGCAGAAUUCAAGGAUGCCAAGAAGAGCCUCUGGUGCUAUGAUCCUCAGCGAAAUAACUGGAACAAACGGAAAGAUAUGAACUGUGCUCGUGCAGGUCACGGUACGGUAUGCUUAGACUCAAAAUUGUAUGUUGCUGGUGGGUACAAUGGCAACAGGGAGGCAACUAACCCUGACGGUAAUCUCAGGUGCUUGGUAUCAGUAGAACAAUACUCUGUGGAGACCAAUCAGUGGACAAAAAUGUCCGCCAUGAAACACGGUAUAGCCUUCUUCACCAUGACUGUGUUAGAUGGACGUAUGGUGGUACUUGGAGGUGUGGAUUCUGCAGGCCGUCUCACACAGUAUAUGCACGAAUAUCUACAGGACCAGGAUGGAUGGAAGAUAUUUGGAGAACUCCCUAGACCAUUAAAAAAUGCAAGUUGUGGUGCUGUUGUAGUCAAGUUGACUGAUACAGGUUGUAUGGAAGAUGAGACAGACGACAUAAAGGAUGAAUAUAGAGAUAUUUUUGAAGACUAUGAGCUGGAAAAUAUGGAUGCUGCUGAACAGGAGUCCAGAAAUCAGUCGAGAAUGAUGAUGGAAAACUUCGAUCCUGGAGACUACCUGCUAGAUGAUGAAGAUAGCCCUGGAGACUGGGGCUGUUGAUCGUGAGGGGCUGUUUACAUAACGCUUGGCAUAAAGAUCUGCCCACAUUUGAGAGGAAAUGGUUUGAUAUGUUGAAAUGAUAGCUCCUCAGAGUUGGGAGUGAUUUGAUUUUGCAAGGUCUGGUAAGACUGUGAUCUGAAAUCAGAAUCGAAAAAUAGCAACAUGUGCUAUUGUCUGUGUGUUUAAUAAUAAGAUUGCAAUAAGCUGCUAGUUUUGGAAAGUUUAAUACAGGUUGUGUAAUAUUUUCUUCCACAUGUAUUGUACAUGAUUUCUAUAAAUUGCAGGUCAGUAUUUUUGUGAUAUGCACAGCCAGUUAUCAUGUUUACUGAGACUGACUGGAGGAGAGCAGUCAUGUUAAAAUUGGUAUUAAGUGAAGUGCUAAUGAUAGUACAUGUAUUUAGAAUUUAUAACUCAGCAAACUAUGCAGUUUAUAAGUUGUUGAUGCUACAUAUUUAAAAUGAGUGAAAUUUCAUUCUAAUAUGACUAACAAUGCUUUAAUCAUCACAACAAUGUUAUGUUGACAUCACAACAACGUGAUAUUUUGCACCAUGUAUGCAUCAAGAAAUAGCGCUUUCAAAUUUCAUGAAAUAUUUUACUUAUUAACAUGUUUUAAACGAAAUGUUACAUUGCACAAAUGUGUUGAUUAAUUUAAACACAUACUGAGUUAAUUUGCUUUUCUAAAUAAUUCGGAAUAAUUUUCGCCCGAACUGAACACUGCCGCAAGACGUAUAACAAUUUCCAGUCCUGGCAUGUAUAAACAACGACCUACAAGUGGGCCAUGCUUACACGAAGAAACAGUUCCAUCCUAUUUGAUCAAUUUUACAUUAAAGAACAUAUUAGAAUUGAAAUAAUUUAUAGCAAAACAGUGCUUUAUCACUAUACACUCGGGCCGUUAUACGUUGUUCGAAAUAAUUUCACGAGGACUGUGUCCUUGUGAAAUUAUUAUGCCCGACGUAGAACUGCCCAUCAUGUAUAAAUAGUGAUAAAGCACUGUUUUGCUAUAAAUUAUUUCUUAAUUAGUAAUAUUUGUCCUACAUGUACUAAACAUUUAUUGACAGUCAAGAAAUGUAGGUUUCAGUUUAAUAAAAGUUGUGGUUUGUAACAAAAUCCUACAAAUCUGUAAGAUAUGAUUUCCUACAUACAGGAAGGGUGUGUUCUGUGUUUCACCUGCACUUACUGAUUCAGAAAUGGGUGACUUGUCCUUAAUAUUGAUUUUAAAUAUAUUUUUUUCUAUUAUUUGUGGAAGACUGUAUAUAUCACAAGUUGUAGAAUGGAGAUACCUUGCUCCUUGGUAUCUGUUUUGUUACUGCCUAAGCUGUUAAGCUGAAGUGUAAUAUUUCAGUUUGCUCAAGUGAAUUCUUUUUACAAUAAAGGAUGACUGACCAGUAGAGGGAACCUUGUCUUUCAGGGGUGGGUAGGACAUUUUGUUGAUCGAUUUUGCAAAAAAAAAUACAGAGACCUUUCUUGGCAGAAUAUUCCCAACACAAGAAAACAGUACUGUAUAAGUCUGUAAACUUAGCCAUGAGAAUAAGGAGAGGAGAAGCUAAUCCAUUCACAUCUUCAGAUAAUUUGUUUUUACUGUGUUUGUAUUGGAAGUGUAUUGGAUGAUUAUGGUUUUUGUUGUGUUCCUAUAUAAAAAAAAGAAUAAUCUCAGCUUAUUAUGUAUGCAUAUAAAUUAAUUGAUACUAUUAUAAAUAGGAAAUGAUGUAUUUCAAGUCAUAUCAUGUCUUAAUGUUAUGAAGCGAUAUGUUACGAUUUUUGUACAUGUGUAGUGAAACAGUUGAAGAAUUUUAUGUUGUUGAAGUAUAUGUUGUGGAUGUUUUUAAGAAGGAUUUGAGGUCUUUUGAAUCAAAGUAAUCACUGUCUGUUUGUAUAUACCCUGUAGAGUAAACUUGGGUUCUCAAAAUUAAUGUUUUAUAAUUGUGCUUUGAUUGCAAUCUAACUAUAGUGAUCUUCCUAAAAGUUAGAUCUGAAGACAGCCUAUUCAAAUUCAUCUUCUGUAGAAUUUGAUUUCCAAUAUUGCUAUUUUUAUUAUCAUCAGUCUGUUUUUAGUUGAACCAAUCAGAAAACUCGUUUCAAUUAGCAUUUGGUUAAAAGGGACUGGACUUAGAUUUUGGCUAAAAUAAUUUUUCUUUAGAAUAAAAAUUUUGUCAUAUGAACAUAAGAACAUGAAAUUUUGUUUCUAAACUGUCUUAAAAAAUGUGAAAGCAAGAAAAAAAUCAUGCCAGAGUCUGGAAUUGAACCUGGGCUGCUGCGGCAAUAAAUAUUUUUCUGUGUACUUGACCAAUACACCACAGAAAAGCACGUAAGCAUGUAAUUAUCGAUGGUUGAAUAUAAAGCUUUAUAAAUUAAGGCAGUUUACCUCCGGUAUCUCUUACAAACGCUUUUCAGUUUUGAAUGGAAAAAUAGGAAAAACAACUAUUCUCGUGUGUUAAUAUAAGCUUACUUAUUAGAAUUGUAAACCCGUACGUGAUAAACACAUAUCGAAGACUGGACUCACAGGUUAAAUAUAGAUUUUUCUAAACUGCUUUCACUUUCAAAAUGUUGAAAGCAAGGCUCUGAUUGAUGAAGGGGUGUCUCAAUAGCCUGUCCUACGAUCCAAUGUGUGUAGCAUUAAUUGGAGAUGAUUUUAAUCAGAUUGGUUUUAAUUGUCUACAUGUUUUAGUGUAUGUAUCAAUGAGUACAUGUAUGUUGUUGAAAAAAAGUAUUUUUAUCAUUAAGGGGUCCUUGAAUGAGUGGUUAAGGUCACUGACUUUGAAUCACUUGCUACACACUGAUGUGUGUUCAUAGCUCAAGUGGGGCACUGAAUGUUUGCAAAAACUCUUAAAUAAUCAUGUGUGUCCUGAUACCUUGUGUUUGCCAAAACAGUGAAGAAUUUUGUAUGUCUGGAUACACUUUUUUUUGUGGGUGUUAACUUGGUUCCACUAUGGUUUCAAAAACACAUUCAUCUUACCCAUAUUGAGGGCCCUGUGCAAAACUAUUUUAACUACAUAUAGAUGAAGAAGAUACAAUAGUUUUGUGUUGAUCCCAUGAACAAUUUAUCCAAGCAUAAAACUUUAGUUUGAGUUGACCAGAUCCUCACUAGUGCUAUGUUCAAGUGAAUGCUAUGUAACAACAUUUCAAGUAUAUUUUUGGAUGCAUUAGGGUACAGGUAAUGUGGAUUUAUUUUCAGGAGUAUAUGAAUUUAUAUAAUGUUAGGAAGGGUGUUUGCUAAUAAAUAUAUUGAAAAUUGAGUGAAUGUUUACUUGUAUGUGAAUCUGCUUGUAUAAGAAUUACAUUUGACGGAAUUUGUUAAUAAAUUAGCUCAUACUGUGAGUGUUUUCUCUUCA